UGCGCCUGGCUGAACGCACAAAUCUUAUGUGCACCAUUUGAUAACUUGACAAGUGCAUAUACUUAUCAACCCAAACCGCUAUCAAUAUACAGGACAUGAAUAUCACCCCAAAAAGUUCCCUCGUGCGAUCCCACUCCUACCCCCACCAUAGGUUAGUUUUGCCUGCACUAGAACUUCAUAUAAAGAGAAUCAUACCCAUAUGUGCUCUUUGUCAAAGACUUCUUUCCCUCUCACUUGACAUCAUGAUUUUGAAGUCCAUCCCCAUUGUGUGUAUCUUUAGUUGUUUCCUUUUUCUUGCUGAGUAGUAUUCCAUUGCAUGAAUAUGAGCAUUGUUUAUGCACUCUGAUGGACAGAUAGAUGUAUAUUUGAGGUUAAUGGUCAUUGCCUUCGGGAUGCUUACUCUCUUAAAGUGAUAGAGCAGCUGAGUUGACAGAUUGUACUUUCUUUUUGUUUUUGGGGAUAGUAAGAGCAAGAUAAUUCGGGUCCAUACCCUAACUUACAUAGAUGCCUUCCUUUUCUUAAAAUUAGGAAAAACUUCUUAGAGUAUGAUGGGGAGAGAAACGCAGAAAAGGAAGUCAGGAAAAUUCUAAGGUUACCUUUACUGGAGUGGAGGGAGAGGGUAGGAGAGGAAUGGGAGGCAGAUGGAAACUGCAGCCUGGGAUAGGGGGUAGGAAGGUAGUGGUAUCAGAGCUGUUGGAGACUUUGGACCUGAGGCCAGGAGGUGCCGGAAAGUGCAAGGUCUACAAGAAGGCCAUGGAGCAGCAGUCGCAUUGCAGAUCUGAUCCUGGACGGGAGGCUGCAGGCAGCCAGGCAGCUCUAGACUCAGGAGAGAACCAGUCCACAGCCAGGCCUGGCGAUUAUGGGGAUGGCAGUGGGGAAGAGGUGCCUUGUGAGCUGUGAAGAUUGUGGUGGCAGGACAGGGGUGGUGAGGGAAGGGCUGGCAUAGCCUCAUUUUCUGAAGGCCCCAGGGUUGGGAUGAGAGGGGUGCCUUUGGCAGAAGGUUAAUAACUUAACCUGUGUCCACAGGAGACUUAGAUAUUUAGAAUUUUAGAGCCAGAAGAGAUCUAGAUCAUGUAGUUCAACCUUGAGCAGAGUGACAGGCUCAAGGUCCCCCAGCGAUUUUUUGGCAGAUCCAGGCCUAGAUACCAAAUCUCCUGAAACUUCUGGCCAGCGCCAUCCCUUGUGCUGCUGCUGUGACCGUCUGCUGUCCUGCCUGCUGCAAUGACAGUGAGGAACAAGCUUUUGCUCAGACUUUUUCAGGGACCUUUCCAGCCCAAAGAUCCUAGAAUUCUGGGAGAUCCUUUCCACUCAUAUUACUCAGCGAUCUAGCCCCCAGCAAAGAGCCAGGAUUGGCAGCAAAGUGGGGCACCAAGGCCCUGUGCUAAGCACUCAUAAUCCUCUGGGGGUGCUACCCCUACAAACAGCACCCCCACCAUGUUUAACCUAAUGAAGAAAGACAAGGACAAAGAUGGCGGGCGGAAGGAGAAGAAGGAGAAAAAGGAGAAAAAGGAGCGGAUGUCAGCGGCAGAGCUUCGGAGCCUGGAGGAGAUGAGCCUGCGACGUGGCUUCUUCAACCUGAACCGCUCCUCCAAGCGUGAAUCCAAGACGCGCCUGGAAAUCUCCAACCCCAUCCCCAUCAAGGUGGCCAGCGGCUCUGACCUGCACCUGACUGACAUUGACUCCGACAGUAACCGGGGCAGCGUCAUCCUGGACUCGGGCCACCUAAGCACAGCCAGCUCCAGCGAUGACCUCAAGGGUGAGGAGGGUAGCUUCCGUGGCUCGGUGCUGCAGCGGGCAGCCAAGUUCGGCUCACUGGCCAAGCAGAACUCACAGAUGAUUGUCAAGCGCUUUUCCUUCUCCCAGCGUAGCCGGGAUGAGAGCGCCUCAGAAACCUCGACGCCCUCAGAGCACUCUGCCGCCCCCUCACCACAGGUGGAGGUGAGGACUCUAGAGGGACAGCUGGUGCAGCAUCCUGGCCCAGGCAUCCCUCGACCAGGGCACCGAUCCCGAGCCCCUGAGCUAGUGACUAAAAAGUUCCCAGUCGACCUGCGCCUGCCCCCCGUGGUGCCCCUGCCCCCACCUACCCUCCGGGAGCUGGAGCUGCAACGACGGCCCACUGGAGACUUUGGCUUCUCCCUGAGGCGCACAACCAUGCUGGAUCGGGGCCCCGAGGGCCAGGCCUGUCGGCGUGUGGUCCACUUUGCUGAGCCUGGUGCAGGCACCAAGGACCUGGCCCUGGGGCUGGUGCCAGGAGAUCGACUGGUGGAGAUUAAUGGGCACAAUGUGGAGAGCAAGUCCAGGGAUGAGAUUGUGGAGAUGAUCCGGCAGUCAGGGGACAGCGUGCGGCUCAAGGUGCAGCCCAUUCCAGAGCUCAGCGAGCUCAGCAGGAGCUGGCUGCGGAGCGGCGAGGGACCUCGCAGGGAGCCAUCCGAUCUAGAGGGCAGCUCAAAGGAAGGCAGUGGCCCAUCUAGGAGUCCUCAGCCUCCCACCAGCCCGAUACCCCCAGAGACUUCCCAGAGAGCCAGGAGCCCUGCACCCACACUCGCCAUGAACGGCCCGGGAGCUGCCACAGCAGAAGGCCUAAGCGAAGAGGCCCAGGGCCUGUCCCGGAAGCGGGUGGCAAAUGCAGUGAGGAAGGUGGUGAGUAGGGUGCUGCCCAGCGAGGAGCUUGGGAAUGCCAAGGAGACCCCAGGCAGAGGAGUCAAGUCCCCCGAGCACCCGACUCGAAGCAAGAGGGGAGAAAAGGCAGCUUCUAGUCCCAAGCCGCCACCCCCUCCCCCACCUCCCCCUGCUCCGCCUAAGCCUGAAGUGAAGAAGGAGGCAGCCAAGGAUGAGCUCUCCCUGGGCCUGCGGAGCCUGAUGUCUCGGGGCAGGGGCAAGGAGCACAAGGCCCGCGGCAAGCAGUCUCCUGGGAAGGGGGAGAAGCCCUCCAGCCAGGAGCCAGGCUCCCCAGACUGGGCGGACUCCCCUGAGAAAGCAGGAUCCCCAGCCAAGCCUGAAGCCCCAAAGAAGCAGCGCUCCCCAGCCCCACCGGAAGAGCUGGUGACCCCAGGCUCCACCGGCCCGAAGUCAGACCUCACUGGAGAGCAGCAGUCCAAGUCACCAGUCCCUGGUGUGAAGCAGGAGGCAGGAGCUGCCAAGGUCCAGCUGACCCCCGUGGAAGAGGCCCACCAGCGGCUGGAGAGGAUCUUCACAGCUUCUCUGGACUCUGAGGCCGCCUCUCAUGCCCACAGCCAGGCGAAAACAGAAGAACAGAUUGCAGCAGAAGAGGCCUGGAAUGAGACGGAGAAGGUGUGGCUGGUCCAUAGGGACGGCUUCUCACUGGCCAGUCAACUCAAAUCUGAGGAGCUCAACUUGCCUGAGGGGAAGGUGCGUGUGAAGCUGGACCACGAUGGGGCCAUCCUGGAUGUGGAUGAGGAUGAUGUUGAGAAGGCUAAUGCUCCCUCCUGCGACCGUCUGGAGGAUCUGGCCUCACUGGUGUACCUCAAUGAGUCCAGCGUCCUGCACACCUUGCGCCAGCGCUAUGGCGCUAGCCUGCUGCACACGUAUGCUGGCCCCAGCCUGCUGGUUCUUGGCCCCCGUGGGGCCCCUGCUGUGUACUCUGAGAAGGUGAUGCACAUGUUCAAGGGUUGUCGGCGGGAGGACAUGGCACCCCACAUCUAUGCAGUGGCCCAGACCGCAUACAGGGCGAUGCUGAUGAGCCGUCAGGACCAGUCAAUCAUCCUCCUGGGCAGUAGUGGCAGUGGCAAGACCACCAGCUGCCAGCAUCUGGUGCAGUACCUGGCCACCAUCGCGGGCAUCAGCGGGAACAAGGUGUUUUCUGUGGAGAAGUGGCAGGCUCUGUACACCCUCCUGGAAGCCUUUGGGAACAGCCCCACCAUCAUUAAUGGCAAUGCCACCCGCUUCUCCCAGAUCCUCUCCCUGGACUUUGACCAAGCUGGCCAGGUGGCCUCAGCCUCCAUUCAGACAAUGCUUCUGGAGAAGCUGCGUGUGGCUCGGCGCCCAGCCAGUGAAGCCACAUUCAACGUCUUCUACUACCUGCUGGCCUGUGGGGAUGGCACCCUCAGGACAGAGCUCCACCUCAACCACUUGGCAGAGAACAAUGUGUUUGGGAUUGUGCCACUGGCUAAGCCUGAGGAAAAGCAGAAGGCAGCUCAGCAGUUUAGUAAGCUGCAGGCGGCCAUGAAGGUGCUGGGCAUCUCCCCCGAUGAACAGAAGGCCUGCUGGUUCAUUCUGGCUGCCAUCUACCACCUGGGGGCUGCGGGAGCCACCAAAGAAGCUGCUGAAGCUGGGCGCAAGCAGUUUGCCCGCCAUGAGUGGGCCCAGAAGGCUGCGUACCUACUGGGCUGCAGCCUGGAGGAGCUGUCCUCAGCCAUCUUCAAGCACCAGCACAAGGGUGGCACCCUGCAGCGCUCCACCUCCUUCCGCCAGGGCCCCGAGGAGAGUGGCCUGGGAGAUGGGACAGGCCCGAAACUGAGUGCACUGGAGUGCCUUGAGGGCAUGGCGGCCGGCCUCUACAGCGAGCUCUUCACCCUUCUCGUCUCCCUGGUGAAUAGGGCUCUCAAGUCCAGCCAGCACUCACUCUGCUCCAUGAUGAUUGUCGACACCCCGGGCUUCCAGAACCCUGAGCAGGGUGGGUCAGCCCGCGGAGCCUCCUUUGAGGAGCUGUGCCACAACUACACCCAGGACCGGCUGCAGAGGCUCUUCCACGAGCGCACCUUCGUGCAGGAGUUGGAAAGAUACAAGGAGGAGAACAUCGAGCUGGCGUUUGACGACUUGGAGCCCCCCACGGAUGACUCUGUGGCUGCUGUGGACCAGGCCUCCCAUCAGUCCCUGGUCCGCUCGCUGGCCCGCACAGACGAGGCGAGGGGCCUGCUCUGGCUAUUGGAAGAGGAGGCUCUGGUGCCAGGGGCCAGUGAGGACGCCCUCCUGGAGCGCCUUUUCUCCUAUUAUGGCCCCCAGGAAGGUGACAAAAAAGGCCAAAGCCCCCUUCUGCACAGCAGCAAACCACACCACUUUCUCCUGGGCCACAGCCAUGGCACCAACUGGGUAGAGUACAAUGUGACUGGCUGGCUGAACUACACCAAGCAGAACCCAGCCACCCAGAAUGCCCCCCGGCUCCUGCAGGACUCCCAGAAAAAAAUCAUCAGCAACCUGUUUCUGGGCCGCGCAGGCAGUGCCACGGUGCUCUCUGGCUCCAUCGCGGGCCUGGAGGGCGGCUCGCAGCUGGCACUGCGCCGGGCCACCAGCAUGCGGAAAACCUUUACCACAGGCAUGGCGGCUGUCAAAAAGAAGUCACUGUGCAUCCAGAUGAAGCUACAGGUGGACGCCCUCAUCGACACCAUCAAGAAGUCAAAGCUGCAUUUUGUGCACUGCUUCCUGCCUGUAGCUGAGGGCUGGGCUGGGGAGCCCCGUUCCGCCUCCUCCCGCCGAGUCAGCAGCAGCAGUGAGCUGGACCUGCCCUCGGGAGACCACUGUGAGGCUGGGCUCCUGCAGCUCGACGUGCCCCUGCUCCGCACCCAGCUCCGCGGCUCCCGCCUGCUCGAUGCCAUGCGCAUGUACCGCCAAGGUUACCCUGACCACAUGGUGUUUUCCGAGUUCCGCCGCCGCUUUGAUGUCCUGGCCCCGCACCUGACCAAGAAACACGGGCGUAACUACAUCGUGGUGGAUGAAAGGCGGGCAGUGGAGGAGCUGCUGGAGUGCUUGGAUCUGGAGAAGAGCAGCUGCUGCAUGGGCCUGAGCCGGGUGUUCUUCCGGGCGGGCACCUUGGCACGGCUGGAGGAGCAGCGGGAUGAACAAACCAGCAGGAACCUAACCCUGUUCCAAGCAGCCUGCAGGGGCUACCUGGCCCGCCAGCACUUCAAGAAGAGAAAGAUCCAGGACCUGGCCAUUCGCUGUGUACAGAAGAACAUCAAGAAGAACAAAGGGGUGAAGGACUGGCCUUGGUGGAAGCUUUUUACCACAGUGAGGCCCCUCAUCGAAGUACAGCUGUCAGAGGAGCAGAUCCGGAACAAAGACGAGGAGAUCCAGCAGCUGCGGAGCAAGCUCGAGAAGGUGGAGAAGGAGAGGAACGAGCUGCGGCUCAACAGUGACCGGCUGGAGAGCCGGAUCUCAGAGCUGACAUCGGAGCUGACAGAUGAGCGUAACACAGGAGAGUCCGCCUCCCAGCUGCUGGACGCGGAGACAGCAGAGAGGCUCCGGGCUGAGAAGGAGAUGAAGGAACUGCAGACCCAGUACGAUGCACUGAAGAAGCAGAUGGAGGUUAUGGAAAUGGAGGUGAUGGAGGCCCGUCUCAUCCGGGCAGCGGAGAUCAACGGGGAAGUGGAUGAUGAUGAUGCAGGUGGCGAGUGGCGGCUGAAGUAUGAGCGGGCUGUGCGGGAGGUGGACUUCACCAAGAAACGGCUCCAGCAGGAGUUUGAGGACAAGCUGGAGGUGGAGCAGCAGAACAAGAGGCAGCUGGAACGGCGGCUCGGGGACCUGCAGGCAGAUAGUGAGGAGAGUCAGCGGGCUCUGCAGCAGCUCAAGAAGAAGUGCCAGCGACUGACGGCUGAGCUGCAAGACACCAAGCUGCACCUGGAGGGCCAGCAGGUCCGCAACCACGAACUGGAGAAGAAGCAGAGGAGGUUUGACAGUGAGCUCUCGCAGGCGCAUGAGGAGGCCCAGCGGGAGAAGCUGCAGCGGGAGAAGCUGCAGCGGGAGAAGGACAUGCUCCUCGCUGAGGCUUUCAGCCUGAAGCAGCAACUAGAGGAAAAAGACAUGGACAUUGCAGGGUUCACCCAGAAGGUUGUGUCUCUAGAGGCAGAGCUCCAGGACAUUUCUUCCCAAGAGUCCAAGGAUGAGGCUUCUCUAGCCAAGGUCAAGAAACAGCUCCGGGACCUGGAGGCCAAAGUCAAGGAUCAGGAAGAAGAGCUGGAUGAGCAGGCAGGGACUAUCCAGAUGCUGGAACAGGCCAAGCUGCGUCUGGAGAUGGAGAUGGAGCGGAUGAGACAGACCCAUUCUAAGGAGAUGGAGAGUCGGGAUGAGGAGGUGGAGGAGGCCCGGCAGUCGUGUCAGAAGAAGUUAAAACAGAUGGAGGUGCAGCUAGAGGAAGAGUAUGAGGACAAGCAGAAGGUGCUGCGAGAGAAGCGGGAGCUGGAGGGCAAGCUCGCCACCCUCAGCGACCAGGUGAACCGGCGGGACUUUGAGUCAGAGAAGCGGCUGCGGAAGGACCUGAAGCGCACCAAGGCCCUGCUGGCAGAUGCCCAGCUCAUGCUGGACCACCUGAAGAACAGUGCUCCCAGCAAGCGAGAGAUUGCCCAGCUCAAGAACCAGCUGGAGGAGUCAGAGUUCACCUGUGCGGCAGCCGUGAAAGCACGGAAAGCAAUGGAGGUGGAGAUCGAAGACCUGCACCUGCAGAUUGAUGACAUCGCCAAAGCCAAGACAGCGCUGGAGGAGCAGCUGAGCCGCCUUCAGCGUGAGAAGAAUGAGAUCCAGAACCGGCUGGAGGAAGAUCAGGAAGACAUGAAUGAAUUGAUGAAGAAGCACAAGGCUGCCGUGGCUCAGGCUUCCCGGGACCUGGCUCAGAUAAAUGAUCUCCAAGCUCAGCUAGAAGAAGCCAACAAAGAGAAGCAGGAGCUGCAGGAGAAGCUACAAGCCCUCCAGAGCCAGGUGGAGUUCCUGGAGCAGUCCAUGGUGGACAAGUCCCUGGUGAGCAGGCAGGAAGCUAAGAUACGGGAGCUGGAGACACGCCUGGAGUUUGAAAGGACGCAAGUGAAACGGCUGGAGAGCCUGGCUAGCCGUCUCAAGGAAAACAUGGAGAAGCUGACUGAGGAGCGGGAUCAGCGCAUUGCAGCCGAGAACCGGGAGAAGGAACAGAACAAGCGGCUACAGAGGCAGCUCCGGGACACCAAGGAGGAGAUGGGCGAGCUUGCCAGGAAGGAGGCCGAGGCGAGCCGCAAGAAGCACGAACUGGAGAUGGAUCUAGAAAGCCUGGAGGCUGCUAACCAGAGCCUGCAGGCUGACCUAAAGCUGGCAUUCAAGCGCAUCGGGGACCUGCAGGCUGCCAUCGAGGAUGAGAUGGAGAGUGAUGAAAAUGAGGACCUCAUCAACAGUUUGCAGGACAUGGUGACAAAGUAUCAGAAAAGAAAGAAUAAACUUGAGGGAGACUCUGAUGUGGACUCGGAGCUGGAGGACCGUGUUGACGGGGUCAAGUCCUGGUUGUCAAAAAACAGGGGACCUUCCAAGGCAGCUUCUGAUGAUGGCAGCUUAAAGAGUUCCAGCCUCUCUAAGGAGGCCCCGGGGGUGGAGGAGAGGCCGUCCUCGGUGGUGAGCUCCCUGAGCUAUCGGAAGCGGCUCACCCUAAAGGACUCCAUCGGGGGCACCGGGGACGCGGAUUCGCUCUUCACCUCCCUGAGUGAGCGGGCGGCCUCCCCCGAGAGGCCCCCUAGGAAGGCCCAUGUGGGCCCCAGGGAGGAGCCAUGCCCAGGCAGGAAGUCCGAGGAGCCGGAGGAGUGCGGCUCCGUCCGCUCGGGGACCGGGGGGCGCGCUGGCCGGGGGCCGCAGAAGCGGUGGGGCUCCGACUUCAGCCGGGCCUCCACCGUCUCUGCACCGGUCAGCCGGGCCUCCUCGGCCACGCGGCGGGGCUCUGGCGAGGACAGGGCUGGCUCUUCCCUGAGUUUCUCGCUGUCGGGCUCGCCCGGUUCCCGCCGCAGCACCUCCCGGCUCGACAGCCUCUCCAGGACACUCAGCCCUUCCCUGAGCCGGGCCUCUGGCCUAGGCCGGGAGAGCCCUGAUUCUCGCCUGUCCCUGGGCCGGAGCUGCCUAGAGGAGUGGGAUGAUGGAGCCAGUAUGGCCCUGAGCGAGGCCUGCUCGCAGUACAGCCACCCGUCGCUGGCCCGCAGUCUGUCGGUGCCACCCCGGCCACGCAGCUCUGCCUCGGCAGUGGAUGAGCCUCCCAGCUCCAGCGUCCGCUCCGUCAGCCGUCACUCCUACCUGGACCCAGACCUGGAGGCUGCCAUCAACGAGGUCUUGAGCUACAAGCCUGUUCCAUUCCAGCGGAGCAGCCUGGAGCCCGACUCCGAGGAGGAUGACAGGAAGAGCAUCCAAAGUGCCCGGAGCGCCCAACUGGACCCCCCGGAGCGAGCUGCCAGCAUCCGCCGCUCCGCCUCUGCUGCUGAUGUGUCCCGGUCCCGCAGCGGCCGGAAGAGCCGGAGCCGGCGAAGGAGCAGAAGGAGCAGCUCCAGCUCCAGCUCCAGCUCCGGCUCCGAAGCUUCCUCAGAGCACAAGAGGCGGAAGAAGGGGCGCUCUCGGAAGAGCAAGAAGUCCAAGUCGAGAAGAAAGAGAACGGAGACGGAGUCUGAGUCCUCCUCGUCGUCAUCCAGCGGCUCGACCGUCUCCAGCCACAGCCGCUCCAGUGUGAAGAAGGGCCCAGCUGCAGAAAGUGAAGAAACUGGGCAGACGCACCGGCCGUCAAGGAAGGAGGAAAAGAAGCGCAAGAAAGAGGUGGACAGCCUGAUGAUGCGGUACCUGUACCGGCCCGAGAGCGACUAGCGCACCCCACCAGCUACUGGAAGUCCCUUGCCCCUGAUCGGUCAGAUGAUGAGCACGACCCUCUCGACAACACCUCCAGACCCCGAUACUCCCACAGCUAUCUGAGUGACAGCGACACAGAGGCCAAGCUGACGGAGACUAACGCAUAGCCCAGGGGAGUGGUUGGCAGCCCUCUCACCCCAGGGCCUGUGGCUGCCUGGGCGCCUCUCCCAGGAAGUGGUGGGGCACCAGUCUCCCCCACCCGACUGCUGAUCUGCAUGGGAAACACCCUGACCUUCUGUCAGGGGGACUUUCCAGGCUAUGGGUGUCUGAUGUCUCCACGUGGAAGAGGUGGGGGAAAGAGGAGUUUCUGAAGAGAACUUUUUGCUCCUCUGUCUCAAAAUGCCAGACUCUUGGCUUCUACCCUGGGUCACCGUGGGCAGUGGCAGGUGGCCUGGCACUGCAUGGAGCCAGCACGUUGACCUCCCUCUCAGCUCCCUGCUCAGGAACGGUGGACAGGUUGCCUACUGGGACACUCUAGGUUGCGGGUCCAUGGGGAGGAUUGGGGGAGGAGAAGCAGUGCCUUCCCUCUCGUGUGGGGUGGGGGCUCUCUCUUCUUGGUGCCUGCUGUCUUUCUACUUUUUAAUUUAAAUACCCAACCUCUCCAUCACAGCUGCAUCCCUGAGAGUGGGAGGGGGCUGCAGUGGUAGCUGGGGCUCCCAAGAACGACUCAGGAAUGUCAUCUCCAUCUUCACCCUUCAGAGAGCAGUCCUUUCUCUGUGCAGCUGGAGACGCUGGUGAGGAGAGCCGGGUCCAGGUUCUUAAGAAUGAGGUGCGGAGGGGCUCUCCGGUGCUGCUGGGCUGGGUUGAGCAAGCCUACGCAGACAAGUGUGUGUGUGGACCAUCCGCACCUCCAGCCCCCACCCCACCCUCUUUGUCUCAGCGUGUUAUGUGCAAUGACCUAUUUAAGAUAAACCCAUUCCAACUACAGCAGUUCAGGGCUGAUCCAAGCACUGCCUCCCUCCUGCUCUGUCCAGGUGGUCUGGACCAUAAACUCAACUUGAGAGGGAAGGCUUGGGGUUGAGGACUUGUGAUCAGAAAAACUGAAGAUGGAAGUUUUGGCCAGUGCUCAUUAGACAUGAGUCCUCACUCUGUGUCCUGAGCCCGUGUCAUUCUUCUUCCAACCUCCCUGCCCCCACACACUUAUCCCAGACACAACACCAUGUGGUCUGGAGGUCCCAGCCCCCACCCUAAAAAGGUUAUCCCUGAGAACUCCACCAGACUUGGGAGCCCAAGUGCAGUGCCUGGUGCUGCUCCCAUCUGCCGCCCCCCUUCUCUCCUGCAAUUGGUUUGUACUCACUGGGCUGUGCUCUCCCCUGUUUACCCGAUGUAUGGAAAUAAAGGCCCUUUUCCUCCUG